AGAGAGCAUUGAUCUGCUGAGUGGACUAAAGAUGGGGGAGCAAGGUGGUUGGCUGGAGGUUAACAGAGGAGACUGGGCGGCCAUCUUGGAUUCCCAGAACCAGACUGGUGCAGCCAAGGGCCCAGGGGACAAUGUCACUGAGCAGGACAGGACUAGAGGCAACAUAGUGGAGGUCAGUGGAUGGGACAGCGUCCUCAACUCUGGGCUAGGGAACAACACUGUUAAGCACAACCAGAAACAGACAGUCGAAUACAAAACAACAACCAAACUUAGUCUCCAUGACAGCAGACUGGCUGAGACCAGGGCAAGGUGUAGAUUUGGUAUGUGGCGAGAGAGAACAGACACAGACUCGGCUAGCGAUGCUCCAUCCUGCUCCUAUAGUUGUGAUUCAGAGAGACUGAUGGCGCCUCAGGUUAACCCCCUAACAGAUGCUGUCUUCAGCCUGCCUUCUAUAGGAUCUAUCAACUGGAACAUGGACCCUGCAACAACACAGAUGCUCCCUGGCCUUCAUCCUCCUCACACUCUCAUAAUGUUAAACCAAACCACAGACAAUGCCAGUUCCUCAACACUAAAUGGCUACACAAGCCCAUUGACAAAUGACAGUAGUAGUAAUGCUAUGAGCAGAUCCAGUAGUAAAGAGAAGCGCUUCCCGUGUUCAUUCUGUGGGAAAGCCUUCAGUUUCCCUAAACAGGUGGAGAUCCACCAGAGGAUGCACACAGGGGAGAAACCCUUUGGCUGCCACCUUUGCCGGGCUAGUUUCUCCCAUUCGUCCAACCUGAAGAGGCACCAGAGAGUCCACACAGGGGAGAAACCCUACAGCUGUCCCCAGUGUGAGAAGAGGUUCUCACGCCAGCACGAUCUCAAGAUGCACCUGAAGGUCCACACUUGAGAGAGUCCGUUCAACUGCACGCACUGCGGAAAAAGGUUCUCAGAGAGGAGCAACCUCAGGAUACACCAGCAGAAAAUGCACAUGACCCAUGAAUAGUGUAUACCCACUGGGUACACCACGUCAUUUCAACAUAUAGAACUGGUUAAUAUUUGGUAGAUACAUUGAUCAAUGAGAUUCCAAUCUAUUUUCACCUACUCAAAAUGACAGCUAAUAGUUUGUUGAAUUCCCAAUGUGUUAUCACAGAUUUCAACCAUCAAAAAUUAAACCAAAUUCCAAUGGAAAAAUCUGUCAGAUUUUUUGGUUUAGUUGUCACUUGUGUUAUCACUGAGCUUUCCCACCAUAGGAAUACAAUGUCAGAUAUUGUUAUUUAUAUACAACUUAAUGUGUUAUGACUGUGAUUGAUCUAAUAGCACUACCAAAUUACCACUAUUUUUGGACAACUUAAGAUGUUGUCUACCGCUGUCUGAUAAGUGGUGGAAAAUGUUGUAUUAUUGAGUCAGUACACAUACCCCCCCGCAGCUCACCAUUUAAAGCUAGUUAAGGAGGAAAAUUAUGCCUUUGCAGCCUGAAUGGGGGACGCUUUAUGUACGAGCCGGUUCACAGGGGAAACAAGUUUAUUACCGGGAAUGCACAUCAAUCCUAGACAAUAGUGCAGAUCUAGCGGCCACUAUAGACUGGCUGUCUUGUAGUGGUGCACUAUAGUGGUGCAAUUGCCAUCAUACUUGAGACACUGGCGAUCUCAUAAAACAACUAUCUUAACUUGAAAUUGGUGCUGACUAUUCGUAUAUCUCUCUUAGCAACCUAGAUGUUGUUUCAGCAAUAAGGCAUGAGAGCCCGGGAAUUAUCGUGUGAUAAUUCCCAACUAAGGGCUGUUCUUAUGCCCAAGGUAAAGCGAAGGGCUGGGGAAACAGCCCUUAGGAGGGAGUUAUCACACAAUAAUUCCCAGGUUCUCAUGCCUUAUUUCUUUCAUAAAACAUUUGUCAACAUAUACAUACAGUUGAAGUUGGUAGUUUAUAUACACUUAGGUUGGAGUCAUUAAACCUUGUUUUUCAACUACUCCACAAAUGUCUUGUUAACAAACUAUAGUUUUGGCAAGUCGGA